UCUCUCUCUCUCUCUGCUUCCAGGCUCCAACCCCGGUUUCGUCCCUUCGUUUUCCCGUCAUCUUCGUUUAUCGUCUCCACCCUCCCUCCCCCCGCUCUUGUCCGUCUUGUCUUCUCCCUACUCUCGCGCGCGUUCUCUUCAACCCGCCGAGGCGUCUCCUUGACUUUCUUUUCCUCCGCCACGCAACACGCGACACCGUUACGCGCGCGUGCGGCAGCUCCGUCCGGCAAACGCUGACCGCUCGCGAUUGAUGGAUACGCGCGAAACGCGCCGGCGAUCGCGCCCCGCCGACCCUCGGUGUCCUGAUGGCGAGUCACGUGGAUCGGCGCGGACCCGGUGAUUCGGGCGAGUCGUCCCGCUAGCCCCCGGUUACAGUCCGGGCCGCGCCGCGACGGUGCGCGCGCGUGUGUGCGUGCAUGCGUGCGUGCGUGCGUGUGCGUGUGCGCCGUCUGAUCGUCGACGGAUGUCUACCACUGGACGGCCCGCGGAGUGACCGUGCACGGCGUGGAGGAAAUCCGCGGCGGAUCGGGUCGAUGUGCACAGGUCCGAGGAGACGCGCCGACACCUGGCCUCGCUCGGUGGCAGUUCCAGUCCGAAAGGAGCUCAUAUGGAAUGGCAUCACGUGGGCCGUCGUCGCCGUCGACGCUGCCGAUCGCGAUAGCGAUGGCCGCCAUGAUGACAGUCGUGGCUAGUGGUCUCUGCCCGGCGCGAUGCCGAUGCGACGACGAGAGCCUACGGGUCUCGUGCGCCUACGCCGGUCUCGAGGUCGUGCCGAUCCAGCUGAACCCAGAGAUCCGCCACUUGGACCUGUCGAACAAUCGCGUGACCAACGUGCACCUCACCUUCGGCUUCUACGGGAACCUCGAGAGCCUCGACUUGAGCUCGAAUCUCCUUCACACGUUGGGCAUGGCGAAUUUCGGCAUGCAGCAAAACCUGAUCGCGCUUAACGUCAGCAGCAACAUGAUCCACACUUUGGCGAGGAACGCCCUGGACGGACUGACGUCUUUGAAGGAGUUGAAUCUGGCCGGGAACAAUAUCUCGGAGAUAUCCGAGCAGGCGUUCAAGUCCACCAGCGAGCUGGAGGUACUGGACCUAAGCGACAACUCGAUCACGAGUCUGUGCGACGAGUUGUUGAAGAACCUGCACAAGAUACGGACUCUGAUUCUGAACAAGAACUCGCUGUUGGAAGUGCCGACGAAUAAUCUGGCUGUGGCGCCGAGCCUCGAGCACGUAGACUUGUCGGAUAACUUGAUACUGGAGCUCGACCGGGACUCGUUGCCGUCGUUACCGUCGCUGGUCUCCCUAAAUUUGUCGAACAACGUCAUCAGGUACAUCGCCGACGUUGCCUUCGAUCGUCUGCCGGACCUCCUGUAUCUGGACUUGUCCGGGAACAAUCUGACUUCCGUGCCUACGGCCGCUCUGGCCAGAUUGAACGUUCUGACGGGUCUCGUUUUAAGCACGAAUCCCCUCGGAUCCCUGGAGGCCGUGGCCUUCCGCAACUUGUUCGAGCUGAGGACCUUGGAGCUGAACGACUGCACGAUCGCGAACGUGAACGCGCGGGCGUUCGCCGACAACGUGAACCUUGAGCGUAUCUCGAUGGACGGCAAUCGGGAGUUGAGGGAGUUGCCGGCGCGAGUUCUCUACAGCGCCCGCUACCUCAAGUGGGUCUCGCUACGUCGAUGCAGUCUGGCGACCUUGCAGCCGACGCAGUUCCCCGUCGACGGGUUAUCGCAUCUACGGGUCGGCGGCAAUCCUCUGGUGUGCAACUGUUCGGUGCACUGGCUGUGGAACGUGAUCCGCGCGGAGGAGCGGCGGAACGAGACGCGGCUCGAGCUGGACACCUACGACAUCGUCUGCAGCGACGAAGAGUUCGCCGGCAGGGCGCUUAUCGCGCUCUCCGAGGGCUCCCUGCGGUGCCGCCUGAGCCCCCUGUACCUGUCGCUGUCUGCCGCCGGCUGCUUCUUGGCGGCCGCGGCCGUGCUCGCUCUGAUCGCGCGGCUGACUCGCGCCAAGAGGAAGAGACGGUCGCUGGCGUACGCGGCGCCGAGUCGUCCCGAGUUCCUGGUCUACGUUGGUAGGAGCGACAACGGGCUGGACAAGAGCGUCGAGUCGUACAGCCGCCGGCUGUUGGCCAGGAACAACGAGGAUAUCUCGUACGAUUCGCCGCGCGGCAAAGUGGCGGCGGCGAUGGCAGCGGCGGCGGCGGCGACGACGACGACGACGACGACGACGACGAUGACGACGACGACGACAACGACGACGACGACGAUGACGGAUUACAGUCCACAGUCGCGAGAGACCAACAUCUACGAGACGCCGCGAUACGCACGGCCCGGGCGUCGCGACGCCGUCGAGCCUACGUCGCAGGGCAAGCAACUGACGGUAGAGGAAGGGGUAUACGCGGUGGCGGAUGUGACCGAUCUGCGGGACGAGCCGCCGGAAGUGCUAUCGCUUUAUCGCGCGCGUAGCCCUCCCGUCGCCAGGUCGAACAUUCUACGGCGGUUCGACUACGGUUAUGAUUACGAGUACGAUUACGAUUACGAGCCGACGGCACCGCCGUCUCCGCCGCCGUCGCCGCCACCCCCGCUAUCCGAGAAACCGCAUGUCGUCUUUGUAUGAGGGGGAGUCGGACGGCCGGAAGUCGUAACGCGCAAGUUGGUGGGUUUAGCCACAGUGGUAAUCGGCGAGUCUGGGGGAUAGUCUGGCCGUUAGACGGAACCGGACGCCGUUGACUCCGUAUCCACGGGCCUUUAACUACUCGAGACUGUCUCGGGAUUAUUGCCUCGGCGUGGCGUCUUGAUACCCGAGGCGACCGGAGUCUGCGUUGGGAGCUGGAGUGUAAAGGCUGGUCUACAAUACAUGGAGUAAGCUGGAGUAAGGAGUAGAAGUAAGGAAAUAAAUCC